CCCAUAGCCAGGGUCAACCCCUCCCACCCACCUCCAGAGUCAGACCGACAUACAACAUACACACGGCUUACCAACAUCCUUCUUCCGGCCUUUGCUCCUUUGUCGGCCCCGAGCCCUGCGCACUGGUCUGCUAUCUUUUCGGCAUCUAUAUCGAAAAUCAUCAAAUCGACUGGUCAUUUGCGACUCUCACUCUCUGAAGAGUCACCUAUCCAUCUCCCGACGAUUAGAAAGCUUCAAGGUUCAAAGGGUCCAUCCCGCCAAGAAGCCGCCUUGCUUAUUCACCGCCUUCGCUGUCUACUGCGCUUGCACCAUGUUCCCGGGCACUUUCAAGAUACAACUGUACGGCCUGCUGCUAGCCUCUCUAGCUUUGAGAUGUGCGGCGUAUAUCCCGGCGGUAGCGAUCAACGAUACAGACGGCCUGAAUUUGACAGAUUCAUCCACUAUCGAUAUCGCAUGGACGGACCCUUCGGGCGUGUACAGCGGUCAAGUGUCAUUCCAACUCCAAGCAGACGUCCUCACAGGCGGCACCACCUCCGGCGCGCUCGUGCAUUUCGCAGAAUCCACAAUGGGCAGCAACGUGUCAACUACGACGCCGUGGAUUGCGUUCAUCAGCUGUGAUAGGAAUGAGAGUGUUGCUAGUGAUGAGUGGGAUGUAUUUACGUUGGCAAGAGAUAGAGGCGCCGUAUCAGCCCUACUAUACACGAUCAACUCAAAAUCAUGUCUAUUGAACACCGAGUAUAUAACCGAUUUCGAAAAGCCGCUAGACGUGUUUGCUACGAGGACGGUGCAAGUCGCUAGAGUCAUCAACAACCAAUUCGUCCACACCAACGACUCUUUUCAAAACUUUAACAGUACCCUCUUGAACGACUCCGCAACAGACGUCAACAACUCCCUCUCCGGCAACUCCGCCUCCUCAAAAACAUACCUAACAGCCACCCUCACCGCCCGAAACUCCACCGGCCAAGCCACCUCAUCCUCCAUCCCCAACUCCCCUUCUUCCACCUCAAGCUCGUCGUCGGGGGGCAAAAAAAAGACAUCAGCAGGCAUGAUCGUGCUCUACGCUAUAACGGGGGUGGUGGCGAGUAUGUUUUUGAUGAUGCUCGUCAUGGGGGCGAGGCGGGCUUUGAGGCAGGGGAGGCGGGGCGGGCCUGUCGGUGAGGGUUGGGGGGAGGGAGGUGAAACGGGAGGGGGAGGGCAAGGGAAGGCUGCAGGGCUGGCGCAGGCGAUUUUGGAUACGUUUCCUGUUAUCCAGUUUCAUCGUGCUGGCGGCGGCGGCGGAGGCGCUGGAGGCAGGGAAGAAGGCGCAGGAGGCGGAGAAGGGAGAGGGAGGAAAAAGGUGGAUGAUGAAGAGUCGUUGGCUAUGACCCAGGUGGAUAGAGACGAUUCGAAAGUCGGAGUCGUCGCGGAACAGUAUCACCAUCCCCCGGCAGAAUCGAGAAUCGAGCACGACAAUUCUCUCCACACUACCGACAAUAUAUCCCUCUCCACUCUUCCGAUCCCGAUAGCAGCCUCAUCAAGCACCACAGGUUUCCAAACAACGCACGAAACUUCUACCUCUACCUCCAUCUUGGACUCCCCGUCGGCGUUGGCGGUAGGAGAGGGAAAGGGCGAAACGGGUGGAAAGGGUGAAAAGGAGGAGGAAGAGCAGCACUGCCCGAUCUGCCUGGUGGAGUUUGAAGAUGGCGAUGAUCUGCGGGUCUUACCGUGUGAGAGGACGCAUAUGUAUCAUAGGGGGUGUAUUGAUCCUUGGCUGUUGCGAGUAUCAGCGAGCUGUCCGCUAUGUCGAAAAGAUUUCAACCACCCCUCAUCGCCCUCCGGUACACCAACACCCACCACACCUUCUUUCCCCAUCUCCAACCCCAUCCCCACCCUUCCAGACUCGAUAUCAGGAGCAGGAGGCGAAGAACCACCGACGCAACACGGGUUCGCGCGAUAUCUCGCCUUCAUGCGUCGUUCUCGGCGGCCACGGCAAUAUUAUUCUUUGACUUCUUUCUUUGAGCAUCAGAGCGGGGUCGGAAGUGAAGGGAUGAGUCCACCGCUGGGGAGGACGCAGAGGCGAGAACGAGCGCGGGAGCGGGAGAGGACGGCCAGUGGGCUUAGUUUUAUGAGUAAUGGUGGGGUUGGACCGGGGAGGAGUAGGGAGGCGGACCAGAAUGGCCCGGGGGGGUAUUGAAAUACUUUGAUCUUUUCUACUCUUCUGCCUGGGCUGGCUGGGAGAAAGAGCCGAGAUUGGGUGGGCGGGUCUGGAUAUGGUUGUAUAUUAUGCUCUUUGCUUUUUCUUCUUGUGUUUGAGGUUGCUUUCCGUUUGACGAUUACGAUUUUACGUUCUAGCAUUCACUCAUAGGUAUCUAUUCUUUUCUUCAUCCAUGGCACGAUUUCUCUAGUUGAUCAAUACGGACUAUCUACAAUUGGCAUGAUAGUGGGUACAUGAACCACUGCACUCUCAA